CGGUCUCCGUUCCUGCCGGGGGCUCCCGGCUCGUUUCGGGGCUCUCUAUGAGUCAGGGAGCGAUGCCCCAGCCCGGGGGGUGGCCGGGGGCAGGCGGCCCGGAGGGGUCCAGCUUGGAGGCGGAGCCCGCCCCCCUAGGCCGUGGGAAAGCAGCGGAGCGGCAGGAGUCGGCGUUAGGGCCGGCCGUCCCGGGGGACCCGGGCCCCUGCCCCGGCCGGGGCUACUCGGGAGAGCAGGAGGAGGACAUGUAUCGUGCUGAAGAUGAAAUAGAAAAGGAGAAAGAAUUACUGGUACGUGAAAGAGGGUUAUCAGAGCCCAAGUUAAGUGUGGCCCCUGAAAUGGACAUCAUGGAUUAUUGCAAAAAAGAGUGGAGAGGAAAUACCCAAAUGGCAAAACGGAUGAAAAAGGGCUAUGAAGAAGUUUCUCAGAAAUUUACCUCUAUAAGGAGAGUCCGAGGUGAUAAUUACUGUGCUCUCAGGGCAACCUUGUUCCAGGCAAUGAGCCAAUCAACUGAUCUUCCUAUCUGGCUCAAGAAUCAGGAUAUAAUGCUGUUGCCAGAGGAACUAAUAAGCAGAUAUAACUGGAUCAAGCAGUGGAAACUUGGACUGAAAUUUGAUGGAAAGGGAGAGGACCUGGGAGACAAAAUUAAAGAAUCCUUAGCGCUACUAAGGAAGAAGUGGGCAGGUUUGACUGCAAUGAGAACUGCAGAAGAGAGGCAGGUGGCUUGUGAUGAGCUCUUCCGAAAUGAAGAGGAAGAAUAUAGCCUCUAUGAAGCUGUGAAAUUUCUGAUGCUGAGCAAGGCCAUUCAACUAUACAAUGAUAAAGAGAAGGGAAAAGAAGUGCCAUUCUUCUCUGUGCUUCUGUUUGCUCGAGACACCUCAGGAGACCCUGCUCAGCUACUGAGGAAUCACUUGAAUCAAGUGGGCCACUCUGGCGGCCUUGAGCAGGUUGAAAUGUUUCUUCUUGCCUAUGCGGUACAUCACACCAUACAAGUUUAUCGACUAUCUAAGUAUAACACUGAGGAAUUCAUCACGUCUUAUCCUACAGAUCCACCCAAGGACUGGCCUGUGGUGACUCUGAUUGCUGAGGAUGACAGGCAUUAUAAUAUCCCUGUCAGAGUAUGUGAGGAGACAAGUUUGUGAUAAAGAGAUCAAAAGAGAGAGAAACUUGUUAGGCUUGUGGCUUGAAAUAUUGCUUAGAGUGGUCUAAGAGACUUCUUCAUCCUCUUUGAGUUGAAUUCAACAUCUCUCUGGGGUGUCCUAAAGCCUAAAUGUUUGCUAUCAGGAUUAACAUUGUAUAUAAGCUUUUUUUUCUUCCUCCUCCAAGGCAAUAAAUUUCAGAGGCCUUCAGAAUAACACACCUGUUGGAAGGUGUAAAAUAUAUGUCCUCAAUAAAGCAAAAUAUUCUGUAUUGUGCCAUCUUGGGGCUGGUUUGGGAGAAUCUCAAGUCAAAUCCCCUGUCAUGAUACAUUGGUAAUUUGUUUUUUAAGGAGAGAGUAAACAAUUUUCCUCUAGUAA